UUCGGGAAGGCCUUAUUCUUACCGUCGCUCUCUCUCUCUUGUUUGCGUGUUGUCUUUUUGGAUAAACCCUAGAUCAAGUCAGAAUCUGAGAGAGCCCUCCCCCCAUUGGAAUACAGUUUCUCUCGAGGUAUCAAGAUUUUUUUUUAAAAAAGCCCUAAAAUUGAUCGUAUCAUUCGAGAACGAAGCGUCUGGAUUGUGAGAGGGAAACACUCUUUAUCUUUUCGAAAGCCUUAAAGAUCUGAGACAGAACAAGGUCGGUGGCUAAGGUAAGGCCAAGUUCUAUGCCAAUGUCGAGCAAAACCAUGAACAUGCUGGAAGGUUUGGUUAAAGACUCUUCUUUCAAAUGGCUGCUCGGUAAACAAAGCUCCUUCGAUGAAGAGAUCGAAGAAAUGGGAAGAUCUCCAUCUGCUGGCACCAACUGGAUUCCUGAGCUCUCUCCUGUCGCCAAUGUCGUUGUCCGCAGGUGUUCUAAGAUACUUGGUGUUUCUGCAAAUGACCUGAGAGAUAGUUUCAAACAAGAGGCAUCUGAAUCUCUAAAGCAGCCUUCUCUAUUUGCAAGGAACUUUCUAGAGUACUGUUGUUUCAGAGCACUUUCACUCUCUGUGGGAGUAACAGGUCAUUUAGCUGAUAAAAAGUUUCGUCGUUUAACUUUCGACAUGAUGUUUGUCUGGGAAGUCCCAGCUGUUGCUAGCCAGGCUUUGCUCAGUGUUGAAGAAGAUGCAACAGUGAGUCUAGAAGCCUUCUCUCGGAUAGCACCAGCUGUUCCUAUCAUAGCUGAUGUGAUUAUAUGUGAAAAUCUGUUUGGUAUGCUUACUUCUUCAACGGGUGGUCGGCUCCAGUUCUCUGUUUACGACAAGUACUUAUGUGGACUUGAGAGAGCAAUAAAGAAGAUGAGGACUCAGUCUGAAUCAUCUCUCCUCUCUGGUGUUCGACCAAGAAAGGAGAAGAUUCUGGAAAUAGACGGGACGGUUACUACACAACCAGUUCUCGAACAUGUUGGAAUGUCGACAUGGCCAGGUCGCUUGAUUCUAACAGACCAUUCGCUAUACUUUGAGGCCUUAAAGGUUGUCUCUUACGACAAACCAAAGCGGUAUGACUUAUCUGAAGAUCUAAAGCAAAUAGUUAAACCGGAGUUAACCGGUCCUUGGGGCACUCGGCUUUUCGACAAGGCCGUUUCUUACAAGUCUAUCUCUCUAUCAGAACCAGUGGUGAUGGAGUUCCCAGAGCUUAAAGGCCACACACGCCGUGAUUACUGGCUAGCUGUUAUACGAGAAGUGUUAUACGUUCACAGAUACAUAAACAAGUACAAGAUCGCUGGUUUGGCGAGAGACGAAGCGCUCUCGAAGGCUGUACUUGGGAUCAUACGUGUGCAAGCUAUCCAAGAACUCAGUUUGACAAACUCCAUGUGUUAUGAAAAUCUUCUCCCGUUUAAUCUCUGUGAUCAGCUUCCUGGUGGGGAUCUGAUUCUUGAGACGCUUGCUGAGAUGUCUACUUCGAGAGAGCUUCAUCGAUCAAAUAGAUCCAAAGAUACAGGGACGUUACACUCCUCAGCUUCAGAUAUGGUUUCACAGCUGGGUUCGGUGUUUGGAGGGUCGAGUCCAAGGAGCAGAACGAGUGAGAAGACGAGUAGUCUUGUGGUGGGUGAAGUAGUGGUUGGAGAUGUGAAUCCAUUAGAGAGAGCAGUGAAGGAGUCACGUAAGAACUACGAGAAGGUAGUGCUUGCACAAGAGACUGUUAAUGGUGUCAAGAUGGAGGGAAUUGACACCAACCUAGCCGUCAUGAAGGAACUGAUGCUUCCGGUAAUGGAAACAGGGAACGUGGUUUUGUCUCUGUUGUAUUGGGACGAUCCUAUGAAGUCUACUGUGUUCUGUCUCUUCUCCAGUUUAAUAAUUUGGAAAGGAUGGCUUGUGUACGUCUUUGCUCUUGCAUCUCUCUUCUCCGCAGUCUUCAUGGUUCUCACAAGAUGUUUCAGCAGAGGAAAGCUCACGGUCGAGCUGAAAGUAACCGCUCCUCCACCUAUGAGCACGAUGGAACAGCUUUUAGCAGUCCAGAACGGGAUCUCGGAGCUGGAACAGAACAUUCAAGACGGAAACAUCAUUCUCCUCAAGUUCCGAGCCUUACUAUUCUCGCUUUUCCCUCAGGCUAGCGAGAAGUUUGCAGUUGCUAUGGUGGUUGCAGCUACCAUGUUGGCUUUUGUUCCAGGACGUUACUUGCUUCUACUGGUGUUUGUGGAGCUUUUCACAAGGUACUCGCCGCCACGGAGAGCAAGCACCGAGCGGCUGAUUAGGCGGUUGAGAGAGUGGUGGUUUAGUAUACCGGCAGCUCCUGUGAUCCUCCAACAUGAUGACAAGAACGAAACCAAGAAGAAAAAAUGAGUAAGGGGAUGUUUUUUUUUUUAAUAGUUGCACAGUAUGUAUAUAUACUUAUGUCUUCUAUAUUUACUGCAUAUAUGUACAUUUAUGCAUGGAAUUUUUGUAUGUCGUUCUUUUGUGUGUUAUGAGUCAAUAUCAUGAGUUAAAUCUUGAAAUUAAUAAAAGUAUUUACAAAUUUGGGAUAA